ACUGCCCGAGGGCCCGGGGUCAGUAGGGGGCCCCAUGAGAUGCCCCUGGUACCUUUUUCAUAGGCUUUUUUGAGUUUGGGCAAGGACACAGGGGCCCCAUGAUCCCCUAUUGUCCGGGGGCCCCAUGAGUUGUCAGUCCGUCUCUGAGUAUAGGCAUCUCUUCUCUUACAGCGUAGAUAAAGUGGGGGGGGUGGGGGGUGCUUGCAAGAGUACUUUCAUCAGCUUUCAACAGAGCCCCUUUAAAGAUAUAUUAGUAUCUCCCAUAUUUCCUAACUGGUUUUUCAAUUACCAAAACCUGAAUCCUUCAACUCCAAUAUGGAAA